GGUGUCCAGAAGGGAGAGUGCAGUCAGUGUUGGGGCUGAAAGCGAACAGGUGGAAGGUAUUUGGGAAACACAGGAGCCAGAGUGUUGUGACCCUCCGGCAUCACAGCAAGAUCCAGGUUCUUCCUAUGGAACAAAUUGUCUUCUUUGAAAAAAAAGCUGCUUUUACCAGUUCUACUUCUCAUGCUCCAGCUAAGAAGAUUUUUUUAAAGGCCUGUCACCAGUAAAUUUUUUGAGGACAAUUUAGAAGGGCUGGAAACUAUGGAAAAGUAUGAAAAGAUAGGCAAAAUAGGUGAAGGCUCAUAUGGUGUGGUCUUUAAAUGCAGAAACAGGGACACUGGACAGAUAGUGGCAAUCAAGAAGUUCCUUGAGUCAGAAGAUGAUCCUGUGAUCAAGAAGAUUGCUUUGCGUGAAAUUCGCAUGCUAAAGCAAUUAAAGCAUCCCAAUCUUGUAAAUCUUCUUGAAGUAUUCAGAAGGAAGAGGAAGUUGCACCUAGUGUUUGAGUACUGCGACCACACAGUCCUCCAUGAACUGGACAAGUACCCACGUGGGGUCCCUGAGCAUUUAGUGAAGAGCAUCACCUGGCAAACGUUACAAGCUGUUAAUUUCUGCCAUAAACAUCAUUGUAUUCACCGUGAUGUCAAGCCAGAGAAUAUCCUCAUCACCAGGCAUUCUGUUAUUAAGCUGUGUGACUUCGGAUUUGCCAGGUUACUGACUGGACCUAGUGACUAUUAUACAGACUAUGUGGCCACCAGAUGGUAUCGUGCACCAGAACUGCUGGUUGGAGACACACAGUAUGGUCCCCCUGUGGAUGUGUGGGCUAUUGGCUGCGUAUUUGCGGAGCUUCUGUCAGGAAUUCCACUGUGGCCUGGGAAGUCAGAUGUUGAUCAGCUGUAUUUAAUAAGAAAAAGUCAGGGUGAUCUUAUAGCCAGACACCAGCAAGUGUUCAGCACAAACCAGUUUUUCAGUGGGGUUAGCAUCCCUGAUCCAGAAAACAUGGAACCUCUGGAAUUGCGGUUCCCAAACAUCUCAUCUCAAGCACUGGGACUCAUGAAGGGCUGUUUGCACAUGGAUCCUGCUAAAAGGCUGGCAUGCCAACAGCUGCUCGACCAUCCUUAUUUUGAUAGCAUUCGGGAUGAAGGUGAUGGGGUGACAGAUUCUGAAAGAUUGAGUCGGAAACAGACAAGGCUGCACAGAAAGUAUAUUCCCGGGCUCCAGCACCUUCCGCAGUUAACAAGCAGUAAUAUUUUACCCGCUUUGGAGAGCAAGAAGUGUUAUGCUAACACCAGAAAAUUCAACUACCGUUUCCCUAACAUCUAAGAAGUGGGAGAAAGGGACUAGUUAAAUAUUUAUUGUCCUCAGAGCAAAGCGGCAGCAACUUGUUAGCAGAAAAUGAGAUGAGGCACGUACUCUAGCUAAACAGUGUCCUUUGAAUGUAGUUAUAUAAUUCAACAGUUGAGUUGCUAGUUAAUUCUGCAGUAGUAUAUUGUAAAAUGAAGGUUGCUGCUGUGCUUUUAUUUUCUUAUUUGGAGCCUUUAUAUAUACACACUCCUGGCUUAGACACCAGUCUUGGCAUUGUCUAGUUGACAUGAUUUGCCAUUAGUUGUACCAAGCAUCCAGAUGUUGGCCCAAUCACAUCUGCUUACCUCCAGCAACCACAUGGUCAGCACUUCGUAUUCUUCAGAUUUCUCUCUGUGCUGGUGUAAAACUGGUUAACUGGCAAGAGGUUAUGCAAUUGGACUGCAGUAAGAGUCCUAAGGCCCUCAGUCUACAAGUCAAUUCAUAGCACCCACUGCAUUUCAGUUAUAUUCAGUGAUAUAUUUUUGUAUGAAUACAUUUAUAUAUGGUUAGCAUUUAUGGUAUACUACAAUUAUAGUCAAAGUAAAUCAUACAAAUACCUCAACUUGUACAUAUUAUGCACAUCCAGUCAGCAUCUGUAUAAAUAUUGUUUUGGUUCAUAGUUGCAUAGCCUAAAUAUCUACAAACAUGGGUGUUACUAUAGAAGAAGCUGGUCCUGUGAUUGACCUAGGAGGUAUAGGGGGCCUGGUGAAGCACAGAUCCAAAAGCAGCUUCAAUAUAUGUUUAUAAAAUAUGUUAUUCCCAAAGACUGGUGGGCCCUAAAAUAUUUUUUGUAUGGGGUCCAAUGACAUCUAUUUACCCCACUGCUUAUGAAGGAAUGUGUUAUCCUGCAUCUAUUACUCUAUGCAAUAUCAUAUGUGAGUUCAUUUAAACAACCAAAUGGCAGAUAUGUGUGGCUGCAACAUCUCUUGAAUAUUCCACAAUGCAUUGAUGAUAAUUUAUUUAAACUUUUUUUUCAAUCUGCUUCUAUGUAAAAGUUUAUAUUUUCAUCUUGUAUCUUCAACUGUUGUUGGAAGCCAAAGGCCAUAAUUCAGUAGAAAUCUCUGAGCAGCAUUUGGGAGCACUUAACCUUAUCAGAAUGAAGUUACAGGCUGGGAGAGGGUGCAAUACCCCAUAAAAGGAUCUUCUGCAAGUGCACAGCUGGGAAAGAGAGGUGUAUCAUUUAUAGAAGUAGAGAAAUAUGCAUGGAUAGUGUAUAUGCACAGAAGAAAACAGGAUCCUAGGUCCAGAAUCCUAAAUUAUAUGUGUUCUGGACACCUGACAGAAUAUUCUUUGUUCCCCAAGCUUGGCCCCUGUACACCAUGUGGAGAGGGAGACUAUCUUGAUGCCAAAAAAGAGAGAGUGCAAAAUUAGACUUAUGUUAAGCCUUUCGAUAACCAGAUAAAGCAUAGUAUAUUCAGUGUAACACAUCCUUUGUGUAUUUCCCUGGCUGUAUGGGAGAUUUGCCCAUAUUAUAAAGCUUUGUGAAAAGUGCUGCACAGUUACAGUUUACAUCACCCCUUUGUAAGCUUACGUGCAAAAUUACACAUAGUUAAAAAAAAUGACAUUCUGUUGUGACUGAUGUGAUUAAAAAAAGCCUAUGUAAGAAAAGGAGCCACAUUCCAAAUACUUGCUUAAACUGUUUAUUUUUAAAUUUGUUUAGUACAUCCCCAGAAUGUAGUGUGUUUGUUCUUGUGCUUCCCUUUAGUGGAACGCAGGAGAGCGCAGGAACAAAUGCUCAUCAGUACGAACCCUAAGACUUUUAUGAAUCUGACAUAUUCAUAACUCCAGUUUAAAGGAAAAGUAACAAAUCUAUUCUACCCUGCCCCAAUAAUUGCCCUAUCCUGCACACCAUUUAUUAUUUUAAAUGCUUUAUUAGAAAAUACCUGCUAAAACUUGGCUUCCGGUCAUUUGAAAUAGGGCCAUACGGCGAUGCAGAGCAGAAUCCAGUAUGCAACGAUUGAUCGACUGAUCCUAGCCUUCCUUCUGUAUCUGAUAAUGAGAGGGAGCAUUAAUGUAUUUGAUUCAUGUUGAUGUAAUUAACAUUCCAGUGCAAAUAUGUACAAAGCAACCAACUAGACCUUCACUUUCAUGAUUCUAACAGUAGGACAAUUAAAGCUAAUUGCUGACUUUUGUGCUGAUUAAAGGUGUGCUGGGCUAAUUAGUACAUUUUGGUAAAGGUGUUCUAACAACUAGACUGGACAGGACUGCCUAACUGCAGGCAGACAGGCCAAAUAAGGUUAUUCAGGCAUUUUUGUCUAAGUAAAACCUUCCUACAUGCUAAUGCUUAUGGCUUUUAGAGAUUUUCCACUUUCUGGUUACAUGGGACACAUGAUGCAUGAUUCUAGCCACCAGAUAGCUUUUUAAAUUCCAGUUUGUAGAGAGGCAGAUAAUUCAAAAAUAAUAAACCUCUGGAAAGUGGCUUAGUUUGGCUUGGAAUGUGGCUUCAUAGCACAAAAGGGGCACAUAAUUCAUCUAUCUGCUGAUGUUGGGAGUACAUGGCAGCUUUCAAAGUCUUGGAAUUCAAUUUUAUAACAGCUGGAAGGCAGUGGUUUUCACAUCCGUGAACUAUUGCUAUUUUCAAGGUGCCCGUAAAAGAUUGUUCCAGUGAUGGAUGAUUUACCCGUGUUUAUAGUGCAACGAUAAAUAUUUGGUUUGUAUUUAGUAAGCCAGCAUCAAUUAAUUUGUUAAUAAGCUACUGCUUCACUUAAACAUUUACCUCAAACAACAACCUGUUUCCCUCUUAUUCCCGUGGGUGACUGAAAUACUGCUACAAAAACACAUGGUGCACUUUUGCAGUAACUUGUAAGAACCCAUAAGCUCUAGUUUGGGUACAGUAAGUAAAGUAAAUGCCCAAUGGCUAUAGGACAGUGCAUUGCAGGAACCUUGUGUUCCUUUAAAACAUCAGACAAAUAACUAGGUCCCCUUUACUGUCCCCUCACUAAAUGCAUCAACAUAACUUCCAAAAAGUGGCCUCUUCCCCUUUGUACCUGAUGCACUAGCAGAGCUAAGAAGUGGGUUUGGUUUCUAAUCCUAGGCCAGCAAUUGCUGACCAGUAGCAUGGCCAUUGGAAAUUCAACUGGUCCUGGUUUCCACAUGUUCCUGGUCAGCAAAUCACCACAGUGCAGCCUGGGACCAUAAGUGAUGUGGCCUAACAUGGUGGCUACCAACCUUACUGUAUGUAUCAAAAAUGGAGGACCUGGACACUUUUUGUAGUUGCAUUGAUGGGUUGGGAAGGGCGCAAAGACCCUGUGCAUGAGCCAUAGUGGUUAAGAACAAAUGGUGGGGGGGGGGAUGUUAGUCCUUUAAGCAAAAUGAGCCAAGUUGUUUGCUUUUGUGCGCUGGAUUUUUACGUGUUCAGCUGCAUGGCAACACACGUGUUUGUUCAUUUCACUAUAUCCAUGGGAGUGUUAAAAUUCAAAGGGAUUUAUUAAUAACCUUCUACAUGCUUUUGUCACCCUGUAGUAACUGUUCUGGGCUUAAUUCUGCUUAAUAUUGAGCUUUAGGCUACAUGCCAAUAGGUAGUGCCUAUGGUGCAUCUUCAAAUGCAGGAACUAUAGACAAAAGUGCCACUGGAUUAUGGACACAUCUUAAAUCAUUUUUUUGCAUCUAAUGUAAUUCAAAUACAAUAUGUUGUGUUUAUAACAUUUAAGCUGGCUUUGUAUUCAGGCGUUGGCUACCUUCUGGUUUCUGUUCCCUCACCAUUUAAAUUGAAGACUUACAUGUUAAUUGCACUUUAAAGUUAAGGGGCAGCAACUAAUAGGACCUGUUUUGCCUAUUGUUUUAAUCAUAAAAAGAUCUAUGGUUUUGUUCAUAUGCUAAACAGGGAGACUGAAGCUACUCCAUGUUUUGUCAUGUAGAUAAUUAAAUUCAUUAUUAUCAACAAUUGUUUGCAAUUUAAACUAUAGGUAAAAAGUAUUUUCAGUGUGCCCCUUUAAAAAGAUCACUCCCAGUCAUUCUUGUAGGUGAGAACACUACAUGGGAGGGUUAAUUCAGUUUAUGGGAAGAUGCGUUAUGUUGUAGCAUGGUUUUUUUUUUAACAAAAGAGCCACCUUUUUGUCUAAAGUGCCAAAACGAUGAUAUUGUUUGUAAUUUAACCCUUAAAGGAAGAUUAAGAUUAUUUUAUUUGCUAUAUGGAAGAGCAAGACUCGGCAGCCGAUAGUAUAGCCAUACUUUGUGGGUGUGUAAUUGCAUUGGUUGUUUUGUUUCUUUUUUGAUGAUGAUGAUGAUGGAAGUUUCAAGCCUGUAAACUGCACAAGAAAAUUACAGGAACAGAUUUGGUUUAGCAAUGAAAUGUUUAGGGGACGUCUGAUAUUGUGUUAAAGGGGUUGUUCAUCGUUAAGUUAACUUUUAGUAUGUUGUUAAGAGUGCCAUUCUGAAACAAUUUGCAAUUAGUCUUUAUUUUGUAUUAUUUAUGUUUUAUUAAUGAUUUAGCUUUAUAUUCAGCAACUCUCCAGUUUACAAUUUUAGCAGCUAUAUGGUUGCUAGGGUCCAAGUUACCAUAGCAACCAGUGUUUCAUAUGAGAGACUGGAAUAUAAAUGGGAAAGGGUCUGAAUAGAAAGAUAAUUAAUAACAAGUAACAAUGACUAUGAAAUUGUACCCUCAAAGAGAAAUCAAAUUUUGGCUCCCAGGGUCAGUGACCCCCUUUUGAAAGCUGAAGAGUUAGAAGAGGAAAUAAUUAAAAAACAAAAAAUGAAGACCAGAUUACUAAGAAGUUACUAAUUAGACAUUCUAGAACAUACUUUAACUUAAAGGUGAACCACCCCAAUCAGGCCAGGCAAAGCUCUAAUAAUAAAAGUCAGGUAGGCACUAAAUGCAUUUACACAUAAUCUUAGCAGCCUGCAAAUCUGAAAACCUCUGUCCAGACUCUUCAAAGAAAAUUGCUUGUAUAGUAUAGAAAGCAAUGGUGUGUCAAUCAAUUGUUAUUGGCCCUUGAGUGCAGUAAUGAAGAACAGCAACCAGUAUCUCUCAGAUAUUGCUGAACUAAACUCCCAGCAUUAUUGUUACCCUGCAUUUCUUAUAUAUGAACAAGGUGAGAAAAUAUUUUAUGUACGAAAUGAUGUAUUAUUGAAACCUUACAGUAUGUGUGAGGAUACCUGUUAACUGACUACAGAUAUGUCCUGCAGUGAACGUCAAGUGAAAAAAAACACAUUGUAUAUGGUUACAAUUUAUUCUCUGCUCCAUUUUACUGCUGCCAUGUUUUGUUUGUUAAAGUCUUGCUGACGCGUGCAUUGAUUUUUAAGCUCUGCAAAAAGGGGGACUGUUAAAGUGAAAAAUCUGCUGAACUGUAAUUGCAAAGAAGUCACUCGAGUUUCAGUGUGGCUGUAAUGGACUAAAGGUCCCCAUACACUGGCCGAUUCUAGCUGACGAUAUCGGUCCCUUAGAGCGAUUCGGCAGCUAAUCGGCCCGUGUAUGGGCACUACCGACGGGCCUGCCCGACCGAUAUCUGGCCUGAAAUCGGCCAGAUAUCGAUUGGGCAGGUUAAAAAAAUCUAGUUGGAUCGGGGACCGCGUCGGCUCGUUGAUGCGGUCCCCUAACCUACUUUGCCUAUACCUGUCGUUAUAAUUCGCCAAGCGAGCGGAUCUGAAGGUGUAUGGGGACCUUAAGUCAAAAUUAGAUAAGGAUGAAGCAGCCAGGUUGUGUGAUUUAACAGCAUGAUUGCUUGCAGCAGGAAAAAUGUUAGGGAAUGUGAGCACCCACAAUAAUUCCAGUUGCUUACCUGCUAAUCUUCUGCACCAGCCUGGGUUACUUUUUGAGGAUCACUGCACAGCCAUCUUGUUCUAAUGUCCCUGACAUACCAAGGUAGCAGGCAAACCACUGAAAUCACUAGCAACUUGUACCCCCCCCCCAAAUGUGACUUUUCCCUUCUGCUUUAAUUCAUCACAGUUUGGUAAAUUUUUAUAACUCUGGCAUUUCCCCUUUAACCACACUGAUGCAGGGCUGGUCAGUGUAUUAGUAACCAGUACGGUAGUCAUAUUAUAAUUGAGAUUUGUUCUUUGGUGCUGUCUGGAAUAUGAUGCAUUUCCACUUUAUACUCUUGUUGGCAUUAUGUUUAAAGGUAUUAUUCAGUUUUGUGUUAUUAUCUGGAUGUAUCUGUUUGAUAUUUCUAAUAAAGUUUGACAAAUGAAUA